CUUAUAUCAUUCAUCUGUACUUUUCCCAUAUAUACCAGUAUCAACAGUACAUACAACAUACCAACACUCAUCAUGUCGGACAAGCCUAUGGACGCUACCAACCUCAACAAGGGCACCAUGCCCAAGGCGAUGGACGCCCAGGGCAGCAUUGGCAAGCAAUUCACCGAACAAGGUGCAAUCGGAUCAAUGGGCCAAAAGAUUGGUGGCCCCUUCGACAAGGAGGGCAUGAUUGGAAAGCAGUUCACCCCCGAGGGCAGCAUCGGCGGGGCCGUUCAGAACGCCAUGGGCGGAGAAAAGAAGGCCAAUGAAUAA